GGAUGUGUGAACAUUUUUCAGUAUUUUAAAUUGAAGUAAGUCUUUUGGGAUUUUGCUAUAUCAAACUAUGUUAACACUGAUUUGCAAGUAAACCAAAGUUUAAAAAUAUUAACUCUUACAAUGUGGAUAAUGGAUAACUUACAAACCUCCCUAACACCACUACAAAGAUUACCAGCGUAUAUUAAAUAUGGCUUCAUCGACACCCAAUUUGGAAGGAUAUUGCUUGGAACGACGUCGAUUCAAAAAAGCGGCACAAAUUGCGAUGCAAUUUGCGCUUUAUAUUUCGUGCAGAAUCACGACAACAAAAGUUUGGAGGAUCUUCAACGACGUUGGCCCAAAGUAAAGCUCAUAGCGGAUGCAACGGCUAUUAAAGAGAGAAGUAAAAUUCUAUUUAAUGAAAAGGAAAUCGCAAAUGCCGUCGACAUCGCAGUUCUGGGCACAGAUCUGCAGUUGGCUGUGUGGAGUGAAUUACUAAAAAUUAAAACUGGCACCACAUGCACAUAUACAAAGCUCGCGGAACUGGUAAAUCGGCCAAAGGCUGUUCGGGCGGUAGCCAGCGCUGUGGCCAAGAAUGAGGUAUCCAUUUUAAUACCCUGUCAUCGUGUUAUAUCAAAGAGCGGGGCCGUAAAAUAUGGAUGGGGCGCAGCCCUUAAAACUUCCCUCUUAAACUAUGAAGCAAAUAUAUAAAUCAUUUAGUUUUUAAUUUGUGGGAUACAUAUGUAUUUAUAAAAUGGUUGGUUUAUUGAAAUUCAGAUCCGGACUUCAAAUGUGUUAUUCUUCAGUUGGUUGGUUGACUUAUAUAAAAAAGAAACACAU